AUGACCACCACCACCACCUUCAAGGGCGUCGACCCCAACAGCAGGAACAGCUCUCGGGUUUUGCGGCCUCCCGGCGGUGGAUCCAAUUUUUCGUUGGGUUUUGAUGAACCAACAGAACAACCCGUGAGGAGGAACAAGAUGGCCUCCAGCAUCUUCGGGACGCCUGAGGAAAACCCCCCUUCCUGGGCCAAGUCGGCAGGUGCCAAGUCUAGUGGGGGCAGGGAAGAUUCUGAGUCAUCUGGACCCCAGAGAAGGAAUUCUUCUGAAGCGAACUCUGGAGACUUCUUAGAUCUGAAGGGAGAAGGUGACAUUCAUGAAAACGUGGACACAGACUUGCAGGCCAGCCUGGGGCAGAGCGAGGAGAAGCCUGUGCCUGCCGCCCCUGUACCCAGCCCAGUGGCGCCGGCGCCUGUGCCAUCCCGGAGGAACCCCCCUGGCGGCAAGUCCAGCCUCGUCCUGGGUUAG